AUGACUCGCGCCAAGAUCAACUGGUUUUUUCUGGCUAAAGACUACCCGUCCUACGAUAGCGACAUGCUCCUGGACUCGCUCAAGGCUUACACCGUGAGCAUGAGCGGACUGUCGCCUUGCUCGUUGUGUGCUGAGCCUACGCCGCAUAACAUGCGCACAAGAAUUCUGCUCUGCAAGUGCACGGCCUGCAAGGCCGUGGCGCCCUACGCGCGCUGUCCGUGGAAGGGCAGAGUGCAGCUUUGCAUUUUGUCCAACGUAGUGAACGUCUCGGAGGGCAACAAGCACGUGUCGUCGCUGCGCCCAACUCGACGCGCUCAUCUCACCGAGGAAAUGAAGGCGUUUGCGCGCGACAUGUGCGCCUACAACCACAAGCCUAUGAAUAUAUACAAUGGAAUCGUCAGACGCUUCCAGGUUGGAGAGGCAACAAUGCCCACAUUGGCGAUGGUACAGCGAUUCGUACAGCACUUCCGCCGCGCUAAUCUGGGCGGAAGCGACUUCCACGACGACGUCACCGCUAAAGUGCGCGAGCACGCAUUUCGAGGAACCGAGGAGUUGACGCAGCCUUUCACGUUCACGUGGCGAUCAAACGCCGAGGGAGAACCCAUCGUUGGUCGCGGCUCGGACACCGACUCGUUCGUUGUUGGUGUGUCGUCUAAGCAGCUCCUACUGCGGCUAGACCGCGAACCGGACGCCUACGUCAUGCAUCUUGAUGCGACAUACAAGCUGAGUCAGGUUGACUAUCCUGUCAUGGUGGUCGGAAUCUCAGACUGCAUGAGUUCCUUCCACCUGGUAGCGUUUGUCAUACUUUCACAGCAAACCGAACAACACUUCACCGAAGCGCUUGCAAUGCUGAGGCCAACUCGCUGUUCGUUUCGUCAUGGGUGA